AUGCGCAGUAUACACGGGAGACAGCAGAAGAAAAUAGACAAAGACAAGAAGGAGAGACACGACAACAAAGAAAAGAAAGACAAAAUAAAGAAAAAGCUGCAGCAAGAAGGAGAGAAAAAGCAGUUGCUGCUGCAGCAGCAAAGGCUGCUCAAGCAGCAGCAAGAGCUGAAGCAGCAGCAGCAGCAGAAGCAAGAGCAGCAGCAGAAGCAAGAUCAGCAGCGGAAUCCAUUGCAGCAGCAGCAGCAGCAGCAACUGCUGCAGCAUCAGGAGCAUUGCGAUCAUCAGCAAGAACAAGAGCAGCAGCAGAAGCAAGAGCAGCAGCAGAAGCAAGAGCUGCAGCAGAAGCAGCUGCAGCAGCAGAAGCAGCUGCAGCAGAAGCAGCUGCAGCAGCAGAAGCCAAAGCAGCAGCAGAAGCUGAAGCAGCAGCGGAAGCAACUGCAGCAGCAGCAGCUCAAAUCUCAGUAUAAUAUGAAGACAAACCAUUGCAGCAGCAACAAAGAAGCAAGCUGCUGCUGCUGCUGCUGGGCCUCUAACAAGAGGCAAAAGGUCACUGCAGCAGACAGAGAAAGACAGCAGCAACGAGCAGCAAACAAAGCUGCUGCGGAGAUCAAACAGAAGAGUUGCUGCAUGCGGAAGGGGAGAAAAGGAAGAGACAAAUACCCCAUAAAAACAAAGACAAGCAGCAGCAGCAGCAGCAGCAGCAGCAGCAGCAGCUCAAAUCUCAGUAUAAUAUGA